AACCUGAAUGAAAAGUGCUAAAGAAAUAAAUAAAGCUUGAAGUUCAAACCACUCUGGUUUCCUCCCUUCCAAGAAAUAUCUUUAAUUGUCUUUUGGGAGUGAAUGCUUCUGCAUCACCCAAAAUAGGAUCUAGCAGUUAUAGAAAAUGGAUAGAUGGAUCCUAUUGAUAUUGUAAUUAAAUAAAUAUAUUUGCUUGUGUUUUUGUUGUCACUAAAGUAUUUUUAGGAUUGCAAUGAAAAACAAAAGGGGCUAAAUUAAUAUGGAUUUGUUUCCCAGGUCCUACAGUGAUAACACAGGAUUAUUAUUUUUGCACUUUGGGCUGUAGUUAACCAAGUCUGUUAAAUUCUCCUAUUCUCGGCUCCUCUGUAUCUCAGAUUUUAUGUAAUUCAUUAAAAAAUGUUCUAUGAGGUUUAGAAGAUCUGCUCAAGGUAAUUAAUCGUUCACAUGUUCUGUUAUUUUUAUGCAUAUGUUUAAUAGUAAAAUGAUACCCACAUCAACUCAAAAUUUUUUGUCAAAAUAGUUCUCAUAGAUUUGAAUAAUAAAAAAAAAAAUUAAAAAAAAAUCUCAAAGUAGGCUAUAUUUUGCUUAUAUAUAAUUGAAUAGAAGUUCAUCAAUAUGCAGUCCCUGAUAAAUAAAUGUAAUUAAUAAUUUUAUAAUAAUAAAUAAUAAUAAAACUAACUGUGUUGUGUUUCUUAGUUUGCUUAUAGAAAUUAUUUUUUUCUUAAACAAUUGACAUUAAUAUAGCCCUAAUGAAAACAAAUAAAUGUCUGCUCCCAUUUCAAUUUUUGUAAUCCUUUUUAUUUACAAAGUUGGAUAAUUUUAAAAUAAUAAUACAUCGGAAAAAGAUAUGAAAACAAUCGAUAAAAGUCUCUUAAUGAAAGCAUUUUUUCUUUCAUUUUGCUAGUGAUUUGACAUUUCCGUGUUUGAAUUUCCGUUGAUCACGUGAUCAUCCCGCUGUCGAAUCGCGGCCUUGGAUGGGUGUGACACAGCAGAUUCAAAGUUGGCAGCAACGUCUCUGUUUAGAAGUCUCCAUGGUGUUCUUAAAACUUUUGUCUGCGUCCGCCGACUUUUUAUCACAUUUAAACGCAUGUUAAAAAUGGAGGGUGACGUUAUUGGACCUGGGCCUUACCGAGCAACCAAACUGUGGAAUGAAACGAUCAAACUCUUCCGUGGAGGGAUGCCGCUUCGGAGGCACUGGGCGCACUUCCGCUACUACGACUGGAGUUUCACCGGAUCGGAGGCCGUGGAUUAUCUGCACCAACUGCUCAGGAGCAACUCCAACUUUGGGCCGGAGGUGACCCGCUACCAGACUCUGCAGCUGCUCAAGAAGUUCUUCAAGGCUCAUGUGAUUGAAGACAUUAAGGGACGCUUUGGGACAGAGGACUUUGAAGACAGCAGCCAGCUGUACAGGUUUCCCACACUGUCCCCUCUAAAGACACUUCCCACCAGACCUCUGCUGAGGGACAGCAGAGACCUGCCCAGACUCAUCCGCUGGGAUGACUACGAGGAACUGCCUCUGCAGGAAAAUGUAGCACCUUCCAAGUCUGCUGGUCUGGCUUCAGAUUUGUGGAAUAAAAGGCACAGUGUCGCCAUCGGUGACGUGAACGAAUGCAAACUCAUACGCAGGAAGGACGUAACUCCGAAACAAGUGGACCAAAUCUGGAAAACAAUGACCAUUACACAUUUACAGAAAGUUUUGGGUCUGAAGACAUUGGAUGGAGUUUUACACCCUGUGCAUGUCAAUGGGAAGCAUAUUGUUCACAAUGUCUUCAGUGUUAAUAAAACUGGCAUAGUGGUACUGGAGAACAAAUCUGAGGAUAUACCUUAUUGGGUGGUGUCAGCCAUGAAAUGCCUUGCUAAUUGGCCCAACUACAACGACAGCAAGCAGCCGCUGUAUCCAGGUUUUGAGAGGGACGUUCUGAGAACAAUCGUGGAUUAUUUUCAGCGACUCAAAGAGCCGCUCCUGACUUUCCAUCUCUAUGAGGUCUUUGUCAGCAUUCUGGGUUUGCUGCAGGAGAAAGACACAGCAACCGAAGCCCUUCAAGUCAGCUGCCUCCUGCUGCCACCACCCAACCGAAGACGCCUCCAGCUUCUGCUGCGACUAAUGGCUCGGGUUUGCCACAAUCCCCUCCUGCCUCCACUCAAUGACACCAUUGCUACCCACACGCUGAUGCUGCACUUGUUCUCUCCCUGUGUUCUGGGGUCUGCAGACGACAUGGACCUGGACGAGCUGCUCGCCACCAAACUGGUCACCUUCAUGAUGGAGCACCACAGCACCAUUUUCCAAGUGAACCGAAAGCUACGCUGCCAGGUGGAGGAGCACCUGUCCCACCUCAAAAGAGCUCAGAUUAAAUAUCUCGGUUCAGAUACAGAUUUCAGCUCCUCUCCAGCUUUUUACAAACACAUCAGCAAGGUGGAGAGCGAGGAGCAGAAGGUCAUCGGCACUCAGACCCCCCUGCAGCAACUGCUGGAAGGCCUGAUUGCAGACAAAGAACUCACAGUCAAAGACAAGAGAAAAAGGCUCAAACAGUUCCAGAAGUCCUACCCUGAAGUCUACCGCAACAGAUUUCCCACUGAGGAAAGCAGAGCUGCUGUAAUCCCGGAGAAAAGCUCACGCUUCAGACCUCCUCUCCUAUUCCUCAAGAAACCUCUCCAACCGUUCCAAAGGAGUUGGAGUUUUAGGGCUUGAUGCACCACCACCUCUUUCUGUAGAAACAUCUCAGCAUCCUGUAGUCACGCACUGUUUCAGUACCUUUACUGUUCGCUGCACUUGUGUUCAAAGAGGGAAUCUGUUUUUGUGGUACUGUUACAAAGAACAAUGAACAAACGGUUCCUUCAGUGUAAAGAAACUGAACAUGACUGAAAAUAACUUUAUAGAAAUGUCUAACUUAAAAAAAUGUAUCUGCUGAACUACAGACACGACAGUAAAUUAUUUCAAUAAUGGUCUUUAAAAUAGACACCAGGAGCAUGCUCAGUGAGGACCCAGACUGACAGGUAUCAGACCAGCUUCAGUGAACAGUGUGACAGAGUGCUUUAGUCAAAUCAAACUGCUGAGACGUGAAAUCACAAAUGCACAGAACACAUGUGCCUUCCAGCCAUGAAGCAAGUUGUCAAAAAAGUAAACUUCGACUUACACGGAUGAUGGACAUGGCCUGUUGCUUUGCAGCUGAAAGUCACGGAGGGGAGAAGAAUGGGAAGACUGAGAGGAAUGAAAACUUAUUCUCAGCAAACAUUCUGCUGUGGAUCAUUUUGAAGAUAGAUUUGGUUGGUUAUGAACGCCCAUGAAGUGAAGUUAGCAGAUCUGAGCUUAGUGGAUUCAAACUGGCCCUUGUUAAGAUAUUGCAGCUUGCAGAAAAAAGAAAAAAAAUCCUAAAUUGUUCAUUGGUCUAAUUUCAAACAUGUUUCAAACAAAUUUCACAACGUAGCUCUUAAUCUUGAAAUUUCAUUUCAGAUUUUUGUUGCUUCAUUGUCUUUGGUUCCAUUAGUUUCCUGAAAACCUUGAAGUCUUAACAAUUAAGUCACUCAAAAGUCACUGAUGAUUUCUAAAAAGUACUUGACCAUUGUUGAUGCAUUUUUUUAGGUCUAAAAUGAUGUAAACAGCUAAAGUAAAUAGAUAGUUUUAAAAGUAUUAACAUGUUCCUAACUUUUGAAAUGCUGAUUUAAAGAUUGUAUACAGUAAAUAGCAAUAACACUGUUUCUGUCCAAGUUCAUGAUCUUUAUCUAAAUGUGUGAGUUAUGACUUGUUUUUGUGUUAAAUUUCGGCAGCUCAUUCUUUGUGUAUCUUGUGAUCAGGGAAAAUAUCCUGCAUUAAUAGACAUAUCAGGGACUGCGUGAGCAGCCAGUAAAUGUGGAGAAACCACUCAUUUGAUAGCAGUCAGCUGUUUGUCCUGCUGUAGUUGAAGUGUGGGGUCAUGUCACAGCAGCACUGUCAUGUUUGACCAACUCAUUUCACCUUUCUACAUGUUGGUUCAUUUUGUAUAAAAGAUGUGUUGCAUGUGCGUGUACGAUCUGCUGCCUUUCCAUGUCAGUUAAAGCAUUUUACCAUGAGGCUGAAAUUUUGAUUUAGUUUUUAUAAUUCAAUGUAAGUCUUAAAUUGCUGGAAUAGCUGUUACACUUGAAUUGCUGCUCAAAGAUGUAAUAAAUAUAGUCAUGUAAAAUCUGAUUUUCUUAUUAAAUACCUUUAAAUACUUGUAUAA